AGGCCCCGCCUCCGGCCGCCGCGAGCAGGUUGUUUUUAUGAGGCGUCACCGGCGGCGAGGGUCACCGCCGCAGACUGUGCGCGUUGGCGGAGGGGUCGGCGUCAGGCCUGAGCGAUGUCUGAGAGCUCCGGUGACAGUGACUCCUCGUGCGGCUGGACCAUCGUCAGUCAUGAGGGCUCUCACACAGAGAUGGUGACUCCUCCCAUCACCAACGCCGAAGGCUGCGAGCCCAGUCUGGAGGCUCCAUCUCGGGAGCAGGCAGAGCUACAGGAGCUGCAGGGCGAAAGCGUCCAGGAUGGCACAUCCCUGGGGGGAGAAAUUGCAGAUCUAGCCUUUGAGACGGAGGAAGAAAAGUUGCGUGAAGACAAUGUCUGUUUUGGAACUGCCAGUGAUGACUCUGAUAUUGUUACCCUUGAACCACCUAAGUUAGGGGAAACUGGAAUUCAAGACAUGGUGACUGCUGAGGAAGCGCGUGGCCUGGAAGACUUCAGCAUGGGCUCCUCUUCCAGCAGCCGCUACACCUUCUGUCAGCCAGAAGCGGCACUGUCGGCUCAGCACAGCGAGGAGAGAUCCAGCAGCGAGCAGGACGAGCCGGGGCAGCAGCGCAGCCCUGCCCUUCGCCGGCGCCGGGCCCGGAGGAGGGCGGCGGCCCUGGCCGCGGAGUGGGAAGAGCGCGACCCGGGGCCCUGGGCAGAGCCGCCCAGGCGCCAGUGCGGCCGCGGCCUCGGCGCGUGCAUGGCGCUCGCCCUGGUGGUGGUGGCCGUCAGCGUGGGCCUCGGACGUUUCUACGGCACAAUUCAGAGUCAGAGGCAGCAACAAUUAGGCCAAAAGACACCUGAGGUUGCAGCGAAUGACAUGAAGAGGUACCUGCACAAGCAUCCCCAGGAGCUGGAGCCCCCUCUGGAUGCCAGGCCUUUGAAAGAAAUGCUUAGACAGUAUCGGCUCCUGACUACAGCAGAGAAAAAGUCCCUUGAAAUCGGAAAAAAGAGGCUUGCUACCCAGAAUUACCACUUACGAGGAUCUCUGGAGAAGAGAGCGCGUGCCAUGGGCUCACUCCAAGAGGAGGUACAGAAGCUGCGAGAACAGGUUCGAAUACUGGAAGAGGAAGGUACAGGUCCUGAGUUAAUCCUAGAAAAUCAGAAGCUCAAGCAGUAUUUAGAGGAUGCAAAGCAGAAGGGACACUGGCUCCUUAGUCAAAGGGAGAGUCUGCUGGCAGAAACACAGGUGCUGCGGAGUGAGCUGGAGAGAGCACAGAAAGUAGCGGCAUCUCUGCGGAAGGAAAUUCUGCAGCGCCAGCCUGGUCAGUGGCAGGCCCAGCCAGGUUCUCCCCAGGAGGAGGAGGUGGCGUUGUUACGGGAAAGGGUCUCGGAGCUGGAGCAGAAGCUGAGCUUCGAGCAGCAGCGCUCUUACCUGUGGGAAAGACUGUAUAUCGAAGCCAAAGACCAGCAUGGAAAGCCAGACGCUGGGAAGCAGAAGGCGAGCAGAGGACACCACAGGGCGAAGAGUAAGUCAAAGGAAACAUUGCUGGGGACGGUUAAGGAAACCUUUGAUGCCAUGAAGAAUUCUACCAAGGAGUUCGUGAGGCAUCAUAAAGAAAAAAUUAAGCAGGCUAAAGAAGCUGUGAAGGAAAAUCUGAAGAAGUUCUCCGAGUCAGUUAAAUCUACAUUCCGACAUUUUAAAGACACCACCAAGACUAUCUUCGACAAACAGGGCAAUAAAAGAUUUGGGGCUACAAAAGAAACAGGGACUGAAAAAAAAAAACCAGUUUUUAGUGAUUGUUCACAUCCACAGUGUAAGGCACCUUCCCCAAACCACAAGCCCCGCGGCCCUAGCACGCAGAGGGACCAGCGGAGAGGACAGCCAGCUCGCCAGCAAGAGGCCAGAAGAGCCCCGUCCAUCUACGAGGGCAGCACUGCCUACGGCUGGCAGGGACACUGUCGGUCUUCCAGAGAGGCUGCUGGUCACACGUUUGAAAGCGCUCAGCAAGAGUCCUUCAGCCCUUGUAAUACGGUGGUGAAUCCCGUACUGAUAGGUGAAUUUAGGCAAGUGAUUAGAACAUACUUACUGAAAGAGCUGGGUACUUUUCACCACUGGGAAGAACUCAAUGAAUUCAUCAACCAGUUCGUCGUAAAUAAUCUUUUCUCAAACCAUCGGAAGAUCUUUGCAGACUUCGUUAACGACGUUAAAGAGUACCUUAAAAGCAUGAAGGAGUACCAGGCAGAGAGUGGCACGUUCGAGAAGUUGGACGGGUACAUAUGCAGACACGUGGCUGGCAGCUCCCCGGCUCCGCACAGACCCAGUCAACCUGAUAAAAAGCAACGUAUGGUAAAUGUUGAAAACUCCAGACAUCAAAACGAGCAGAAGCACCUUCAGCCGCAGCCUUGUGACAGGGAAGGUAAAUGGCAUAAUAAAUAUGGUUGUACUGAUGGAAGCGUGGCAAAUCUGGAAACAGAACUGGGGCAGUGGCCUUUUGAUCCCAAAUACUAAUCACACUUGCGUUAAGUUAGAAAACUAAGGCACAUGGAUGCUUUCUGCACUGCUUGGUGCUGAAGCUAAGAUGGAAUUCUCCUUUUAUUUUUUUUAUUUUUUUGGUUUUUCUCCGGUACCGGGAACCGAACUCACGACCUUGGGCUUGCCAGGCAGGCGCUUUUGCCGCUGAGCUAAAUCCCCAGCCCUUACUAAGAUGGAAUUCUCAAGAGGACGUCGCCAUUGUUCCGUUUGAUGGCUUCACAGCAGUGCUUACAGCGUCAAAAGUUCACUGCUGGCCUGCACUUCAUAAACUUGUAGUUUAGCUUUGUUGGAAAAGAUGUAUUUUUUGGCACUGGAACACACAGUAGUUUGAGUAAGGAAGCCAGGCAUGCAGUGGGCUCGGAUGCACGAACCGAGUCUUCUAUCCAGGCCACCUGGGACGAAGUGUCACUAACACUGCUGUGUGUCAGAGCUGCAGAAAGUGCAGUUAGUUGUGGGCUGCAUCUCUAACACAUCCUAACCUUCCACCUCUUGUCUUUUUGUGCGUUCGAGAGUCCUCUGACCUGUGAAGUUUGCUGCCCUCAGAGCUGGCUGACUUGUUCUCUGGUGAAACCUCUGUACAUCUGAUUCUAGAAGAAACAAUAAAACUACACCACAAGGAA